AUGACUAUAACAAAUAUCACACUAUCAGGCGAAUAUUUAAAUGCGUUUCAUACUAAUCACACAACAUCAUAUCACAAUGGACAUUGGGAUGAAACAUUAUCAUCAUCAUCAUCAUCAUCAUCAUCAUCAUCAUCAUCAUCAUCAUCAUCAUCAUCAUCAUCAUCAUCAUCAUCAUCAUCAUCAUCAUCAUCAUCAUCAUCAUCAUCAUCAUCAUCAUCAUCAUCAUCAUCAUCACAGUUAUAA